AUGACCAACUCAUACGCAGGUAGCCAAGACGCCGGCGAAGCAUUGUUGCAGAGCAAUGGACUGGCAAAUAUUAAAGAUAAAGUUGACGUAAAUGAAGGCGGAAAUAAGGCAUCCCGGGGAAGAAAAGGAAGCUCUAGUGGGGAUAGCUAUACUAGAAAUAAAGAAAUGGACGAAUUUGAACACAGACAGAGACAAUGGUACAGGUUGGUAAUCUUUGACUUGGUAUUAUGGAUGUUUUCGGUGGUAUGUGAUUGUUUUUUCAGGGAAAUACGUCCCAGAGGAGCGUUCAGGCUUCCUCGUCUGGGACCGGUUAUUUUCGUGGCUGCUCCACAUGCCAACCAGUUUGUAGAUCCAAUCAUCUUGAUGGGACAGGUGAGAAAAGAGGCCCAAAGGAGAGUGUCGUUUUUGAUCGCUGCUAAGUCGUACAAGCAACGGAUUAUUGGGUUUUUGUCUCGGUGCCAAUUUUCAAUUCCGGUAGUACGAGCACAAGAUAACUUGAAAAAAGGUAGUGGGAAGAUUUUCAUUAAUGUGGAACUGGAUCCGUGCCGUGUGACAGGGAAGAAUACCAAAUUUUUGCUGGAAUGUACAGUCCGGGGUAUGUUGGCUUUGCCUCAGUCAUUGGGUGCUUCUGAAAUUCUGGAAAUUAUCUCAGACACUGAGAUAAUUAUUAGAAAAGAAUUUAAGCGUACCGAGCAGAUCACCACUUUACUCAAAAAUGGUACAUCUUUCAAACGGGCAGAUAGAAUCGAUCAGAAAAAAGUGUAUCAGAUCGUGUUUAGACAUUUAUCUUUAGGCAACUGUAUUGGUAUUUUCCCAGAAGGUGGUUCUCAUGAUAGAACAGAUUUAUUACCACUUAAGGCUGGGGUUGCAAUCAUGGCUUUAGGUGCUAUGGAAUACAACCCAGAUUGUAAUGUCAAAAUUGUUCCUUGUGGUAUGAACUAUUUUAAUGCUCACAAAUUCAGAUCAAGAGCUGUUGUCGAAUUCGGCCAUCCUAUUGAAAUCCCUAAGGAACUCGUUAAGAAGUAUCUGAAUCCUGAAACAAAUCGUGAAUCAGUUAAGGAAUUGUUGGAUCUUAUCACCACUGGGUUGAAGGCAGUUACCGUGACGUGUGAAGAUUAUGAGACUCUCAUGGUUGUUCAAGCUGCUAGAAGAUUAUAUGCUGGUAAUUUUGUUCAAUUUUUGCCAUUACCAUUGGUUGUUGAAAUGAACAGAAGAUUAGUUUUAGGCUACCAGACAUUUAAAAACGAUGAGCAAAUCAAAAGUUUGAAGGAAAAAAUUAUCAUUUACAACAAUAAGUUGAAACAGUUGUAUUUACCAGAUCAUCAUGUCGAAGCUUGUGAUGAAUCUCAUAAAUUGAGAGUUUUACCAAUUUUACUCUUCAGAAUCGUCAAAUUAUUUUUAUUAAUGUUAUUAGCCUUACCUGGAGCAACAUUGUUUUCUCCCGUAUUCAUAUGUACUAAGUGGUAUUCUAAGAGGAAGGCAAAGGUAGCAUUAGCUAACUCGACUGUGAAAAUCAAGGCUAACGAUGUAGUUGCUACUUGGAAAAUCUUGAUAAGUAUGGGUAUUGCUCCUUUAGUUUACAGUUUUUAUGCAUCAAUUGGUACAUGGUAUUGCAAUAAAUAUAAAACCUUUGAAGACUGGAAUGUCAGUUCAGUUUUUAUUUGGUUUACAUUAUACAUGCUUGGAGUAACCGUUACUUAUUCAGCAUUGCUUACUGGUGAACAAGGCAUGGAUAUUUUUAAAUCUAUUCGUCCCUUAUACUUAUCGAUCACAUCGGGAUCUUCUAUUAAAGAUUUAAAGAAGUUAAGAAACGAAUUGUCUGAGGAGAUUACGUAUGUGGUUAAUCACUUCGGUCCUGAAUUGUUUCCAAAUGAUUUUAACUUAUUGAAGUUAAAGGAUCAUUUGAAGAUUUCUGAUAAUGUGGAAUACGUUGAUAGUGACGAAGAAGAAGAAAGAAAGACCCAGGAAGUGAGAAAGAGGAGAAUGAAAAACCGUAAAGCUGCUAGAAGAAAGCAUACUCAGGAUGAAAACACCGAUUCAAUUAGUGGAUUAUCAUUAGACGAGAAACAUUCGUCUUCGGUCUCUGACGGAAUUUCUUUAAUGAAUUCUGAUAAUUCAUUAACUAAUAUUCCAAUGUUUUCUGAUUACCAUUUGCACAUGAAUGCAAAGAACCCAGAUAUAAAGCUUGAACAACAGUCUGUUAUUCAUCUGUCUGCGUCAAUAGCCGACGAUUUCAACUACAAAGUCCACAAUUCACCUGCCGGUAAGCCAAGUGUUUCAAGAAAGGAUUCAAAUUCGCAAAUUGAAUUGAAUUUCGGUAAUCUCAAAGGCCAACAAUCGAAAUCACGGUUGAGUGACAAAAUCAAAUAUAAGAUUAGGGAAAGUAGAGAUAAAGCAUCAGAUAACUGA